AUGGCGGUCUCCGACGGGGCUUCCUCCAUCAGCGUUGCAGUCCGUGUUCGACCCUUUACCAUUAGGGAGGCAGCCCAAAUAACUCGAUCGGACGAUGGACCCCUAUUUCUCGGUGAUGGAUCUCUCGCGAGCGCGCCGACACCAAAGCUGAACCAGAAGGGGAUUCGGUCUAUUGUGAAGGUCAUCGAUGAUCGAUGUCUGGUGUUUGACCCCCCAGAGGACAACCCUGUCCAGAAGUUUUCCAGAAGCGUGGUACCCAACGGAAAGCGCGUCAAAGAUCAAACUUUCGCCUUUGAUCGCAUCUUUGACCAGAACGCCUCUCAGGGGGAGGUCUACGAAUCGACCACCCGCAGCCUUCUCGAUAAUGUUCUCGACGGAUACAAUGCGACAGUCUUUGCCUAUGGUGCAACCGGAUGUGGUAAAACCCACACAAUCACUGGAACUGCCCAGCAGCCCGGUAUCAUCUUCCUGACUAUGCAGGAGUUGUUUGAACGCAUCGACGAACGAUCGAGCGAGAAAGCGGUCGAAAUUUCUCUUUCAUACCUCGAGAUUUACAACGAGACUAUUCGCGACUUGCUUGUGCCCGCGGGAAGCAGUGGUAAGGGAGGUUUGAUGCUACGCGAAGACUCUCAACAGUCAGUCUCCGUCGCUGGUCUGUCAAGUCACCACCCGCAAAAUGUGGAGCAGGUUAUGGACAUGAUCGUGCAAGGCAACGAGCGCCGCACUAUGUCACCAACCGAAGCAAACGCCACCUCAUCCCGAUCACACGCCGUCCUUCAGAUCAACAUCGCCCAAAAAGAUCGUAAUGCCGACGUCAAUGAACCCACCACCAUGGCUACUUUCAGUAUCAUCGAUUUGGCUGGAAGUGAGCGAGCAAGUGCCACAAAGAACAGGGGCGAGCGGCUGUUCGAGGGUGCCAACAUCAACAAAUCCCUAUUGUCCCUGGGAAGCUGCAUCAAUGCUCUGUGCGAUCCCCGGAAGCGCAACCACAUCCCAUAUCGAAACUCGAAGCUUACUCGUCUGCUCAAAUUUGCACUGGGAGGAAAUUGUAAGACAGUUAUGAUUGUCUGUGUCAGCCCUUCGAGUCAACACUUCGACGAGACCCAGAAUACUCUUCGAUAUGCCAACCGAGCAAAGAAUAUUCAGACCAAGGUCACUCGAAAUGUCUUUAACGUCAACCGACACGUCAAGGACUUUUUGGUCAAAAUUGAUGAACAAAUGAACAUGAUUAACGAGCUUAAGGCUCAGGCAAAAGACCACGAGAAGGUCGCCUUUGCCAAAUUCCGCAAGCAGAACGAAAAGAAAGAUGCGGUGUUGCGUGAGGGCGUCGCCCGGAUUCGCAAUGCCUAUGAACAUUCCUUGGCUGAGCGGCAGGAAAAGACCAACAAUAUGCUGAAAUUACGACAAAUCAGCCGUAGAAUCGGCAUUCUAUCAUCUUGGAUCGCUGCCUUUGACAAUGCUUGCGCAUCGCGUGAGGACGAGGAAGGAUUGUCCAACUUGUAUGCCAUUCGCAAGUCUGCACAGGGCAUCCUCCUUGAGCUGGAAGGAAGCAGGCAUCAUUACAACCAACGCUUAUCAAAAAGCAAUUGGGACCGCGCAGUCAAUUCCGCCGUUGAGAAUGCCUCCAAACAACUCCAAGAGUUCGAUACCACCGAUAACAGUGAUUUUGCCAACCUUAACAGAGAAGCAGAGCUGCUGAGAUCGAAUGCAGAGCGCGAGGCCUUGUCAGCUGUGGUGGAACAAGACAAAGCGGGCGAGGCAUCUGCUGUGCAGCUUCUUUUGCAAGCACAAUUUGAGAUGAUGGGAUCAAUCGAGGAGAUAAUGCAACUAAAUGCAAGCGAAGCCAUCAAAAAGGGACGGACAAUCCUCAUGAAAAUGAUGGAGGACUGCACCAAUGCCGCAACAAACCUUGUCAAACCAGAUGGCAGCCUGCCCACUAUCCCGAACGUCAGCUCCGCUAGGCCAGCAAGCCCCUCAAAACCAAAGAAGAGAUUCAGUUUGGUAAGCUUGCCGCCUGUGAGUAGCGCCAACCCACCAGUCACACUUGCCCCUGUCGUCCCAACUUCGCCAACCAAAGCCUCUCCUCGUCGUCGCAAGGUUGCACCUGGCCGCAAGCUCGUGAGCUUCUCGCCGAAGAAACCCCAAUCAAAGCCCACAAAACGAUCUGUCCGCUGGAAGGACGAUGAGGAAGAAGGUGCUUUAACUGAAUUAAAGAGCCCUCGGAAGUUUGAGUCUGAGUAUGUCGAUGGACCCAGCUGGGACGAGCCAUCCUUGCCUCCUCGGUCAGGAUCUCCUAUUCCGCGCGAUAUCCCAAGAGUUUCUAGCCCAAAACUCUCGGUAUCUCCCGUGUCCGACGAGCCUGCUGAAUCCGCCGAGCCUACAUUGAAUGUCCAAAAGAACAACAGCCGUUUCAAAGCCGGCUUCUUAUCCAAGAGGGCUGGUAGUUCACCGCUGGCACCACCCCCUUCAUCCACCCUUCCUCUUGCCGACAGGGGAAGCUCUCCACUCCGUGACAUUGAAGGAAGCAGUUUCAUGAACCGCAGUCCCAUGGAGCGCCCGUCCCGCAUAGCAGUCCGCAGCCCCAGUGGAAAUUUCCUAAGCAGCCCCGUUUCUGAGAACAAGGACAACUGGAAAUCGAAUAAGGAAGAUGCAAUCAAGAUCAACUCGGCUAUGCGACGCCUCUCGAACACUCAUAUUAAUCCUUCAUCUGCCAAUUCCCUACGUGUUAAUCGACGCCGCAGCCCAACGUCUGGUACGUACGGAGCUACCCCGGGCGAGAACAACAUGUUCACUGCAUCCCAAGCCCGGCGUAUGGUCAAGAGCGAGCGAGAACUUGACGCAAAGCCUCGCGUUCUGAGCCCUCACGCCCUCCCUGUGAUGAAGAAUACUGGACGUCGCACUACGUUAGGUGAUAUUCGCCCUCGGAAUCUCAGCAUUUCCGGCCGGGAUGCCAUUCGUCUCAGCGCGAUGGCAGCACCCCCUGCUGACCGCUACUCGGAUGCCUCGUCUGGACUUCGAUAA